GCCCAGCGCAGGCAUUAGCGCCCCCCCGGUGCGGGGCGCGGGCGCCCGAGCAUCCUCCGGCGCGGCGGCUCCUCCCCGGCACCUCGGAGCGCCGCGGGCGCGGAGCGGCUCUCAGCGCCAGCCGUGCGCGCUCCGCCGCCCCUCUCUGCGCCGCCGGACAACGCCAUGAAGCCGGCGGUGCUGGAAGUAAUGAGGAUGAACCGGGUGUGCAGGAUGGUCCUGGUCACUUCCGUGGGCUCCUUCAUCCUCGUCAUCUUCUAUUUCCAAAGUAUGUUGCACCCAGUAAUGCGUAGAAAUCCAUUUGGGAUGGACAUUUGCUGCCGGAAAGGAUCCAGAAGCCCACUCCAGGAACUGUAUAAUCCCACCCAGCUGUCCAACACAGCGAUUCUUCAUCAGAUUAGACGAGACCAAGUGACAGACACAUGCCGAGCAAACAGCGUAUCUAGCAGGAAGCGCCGUGUGUUGACACCCAACGAUCUCAAACACCUGGUUGUGGAUGAAGAUCAUGAAAUGAUCUAUUGCUAUGUUCCCAAAGUGGCCUGCACAAACUGGAAGAGAGUCAUGAUGGUUUUGACGGGAAGAGGCAAGUACAGCGAUCCGAUGGAAAUCCCAGCCAACGAAGCCCAUGUGUCUUCGAACCUGAAGACCCUCAACCAGUACAGCAUCCCAGAGAUCAACCACCGCUUGAAAAACUACAUGAAGUUCCUCUUUGUCCGCGAGCCUUUUGAGAGACUGGUGUCAGCCUACAGGAACAAGUUCACCCAGAAGUACAACACCUCCUUCCACAAGCGAUAUGGCACCAAAAUCGUGAGGCGACAGAGGAAAAACGCAACCCAGGAAGCUCUGCGUAAAGGCGAUGACGUGAAAUUUGAAGAGUUUGUGGCGUAUCUCAUCGACCCGCACACCCAAAGGGAAGAGCCCUUCAACGAGCACUGGCAGACUGUGUACUCCCUCUGCCACCCUUGCCACAUCCACUACGACCUCAUAGGAAAAUACGAAACGCUUGAAGAGGAUUCGAAUUACAUUCUCCAGCUGGCGGGAGUAGGCAACUACCUGAAGUUCCCCACCUAUGCAAAGUCCACGAGAACUACUGACGAAAUGACCACAGAGUUCUUCCAGAACAUCAGCUCUGAGCACCAAACGCAGCUGUAUGAAGUCUACAAACUUGAUUUUUUAAUGUUCAAUUACUCAGUGCCAAGCUACCUGAAAUUGGAAUGAGGGAUGGGUCGGGGGGAGAGAGGGGAGAGAAAGCCUGUUUUAUUUAAGAUUUUUAUUUGUCAUAAUAAAUAUGGAGAAUGGGUUAUUUUGUAAAUUAAUAUUUUCUUUUUUUGAAUGAUGCUGCGAGCAGCACAGUCAAAAUUAUUUAAAUCAACUGUAAGAAAGGACAGCUCUCUUUGCAGGGUAACAGGAUUGUGACGAUCUAGCUGUAGAAAUGAAUAAUACUGCUACACUGUUUAAAAAAAUGUUAAUUGUGUUCUGGUGAAUUUCAUUGAUCUUGCAUUCCUCCAAUUCUAAUUAAUGUUAUUUAUACUUAUUUAAAACAUGGUCUCUUGGUAGGUGUCACUUCAGCAGCAGAGAUAAGGUAACAUUUGGACAAAAGGAGUCUGGUUUUGUGCUUUCCUCAGUUGAGUUUGUCUCUGGGUAAUAAUAUUCUUCCAUUAGCAUUACUGAUGCAGGUAAAUAAGGGAAUGGUUCUUGAUACCACACGCUUUGAGAAGAGUGGUAGAAAUAAUUUCUUCAGAAAGUGAUACUACACUUAAGUGUAGUAAAAAACAAAAAAAAAUCUAUCUAGUCCUGAAAGGGAAAAGUAAAACAGAUUUUGAUAGAUUCAUGAUAUCUAAAACCCAUGACUCAAAGAAAUGUGAAUGUAUUCCUUGGGAAGAGAAACCAUGAACUUUUUAUAAAUCUGGACUUCAUGAUUUUAUCAAGAAUAUGACUAUUCCCAUUCUCUCUUAAUUUGAAGCCUUCCAGCCCAAACGAAUGCAUAUUUGCAGACGGUCCAUCAGAAAAAAAUCAGCAUUUUGAAAGUGACUGUAGAGAUUUUUGAGUGCCACAAGUAAUUAAUUGGCACUGACUUCAUUCAUAUCCCCCUCAUUCAUAUGGGGGGUGAUGGGAGCUCCAUCCUCUGCAAGUCAUCACUCCCUAACUGAUCUUAAGAUGAGCAACCAAAAUUGGCUCAAGAAACACUGGUCACAAUAUGUUGCUAUGAAGGAUGUGAGCAUGUCAUUUGAAAAGUCAGAAAGUCAUCGUCGUGUUGCCCUCUGAGCAUGCAAGGCAAUAAAAAAGGUCUCAUCUUCCUACAUGCUGGUUUCAUGGCUUUUUCCCAGGGAGAACAGGGAGUCUUUUUUUCAGUUGAUGCCUAAAUACCACUGACAGGGAUGUUUUUCAUUUCCAGUGGGUUAGUAUUUCAUACAAGUCAGCUCUAGCGUGAGACCGUGGCCUUUUUAGUUAAGGUGAGUAUCUCAGUAAUGAUUGCAUUGUGUAUAACGGCUUGUUGGGAUGGCAGAUUGUACCAGGCGUAGCACGCCGAGAGAUUGUUUCGGGCAAACAAGUAGUAAUUUAUUCACGGCAAAUAAAUAAUGAAAAACGAGAUUUCAGCGUGGCUCUAUUAGCAAACUAGUGAGCAGAAGUACAGGCUUCUCCAAAUGUUUGCUUUAGUUUGGUGCAGGUGGGGUGUACGGCCAAGCCUGGGGAACGGUCUGUAGCCACCCCGAGCUGUCCCACCGUGGGGCCGCAGCGCCGGCAGCCAGGUGAGGGGCAGAAGGAAGCAGAGGCUUAAGUCGAGGCACUUGUGGGAACCUAAAAUCUGUUUUAAAGUUGAUUGAUGAUUAAAAUGGGGUUUUGAUUUGCCUGCAUUGUCAAUCUUGUCAUCAAACCAAACCCUUCCAAUAAUUAGUGAAGAUUUAAAUAAACUCAGCUGAAGGCAGACCUCUUUUAACAGUAUCAGAGCCAGAUCCAAAAAAUUGUACAGUUGUAUUGUACAGUAGCUGAAUUACAUCCACUGAAUUACAUUAGUCUCCAGGAUACAUACGUGGUUAAAGAAGAAAAAUAGGUUCCAUCUUAUUUUAUAACAAUAAGUCGCUGAAUAAAUCUCCGCGAAGAACAAAUUAACAUAACAAACAGCAGCUGAAGUCCUUUCACAAUUGGAUUUGUUCUUAGCCAGGAUUUCAGUCAUUAUUUUUUUUAAUCAUACUCUACAAAUAAAUCUAUCAUCCGUUCUGGAACAGCCACAAUUUUCAUAACCCAGGUCCUAUUUAUAAACCGAAGCGGUGGCCCAGUGGCUAGCGAAGAGCUGGCUGUCUGCGCCUGGCAGCUCUCAAUUCCUGAUCGCUGGCCGGUGUUUUACUUGAAAGCAGUUUUGUCUCAUUUAGAGUACACAGAGCUGUUGCAAGUGCCUAUCACAGUGUGCCCUGGCUGUCUUUUGUUCGUAGUUCAAUGGUUAUAUGUUUGUUAAAAAAAAAAAAAUUAAAAUAUCUGUCUGAGGG